AUGCGCGCCAUGUACCAGUCGGCGCUCAAGCGGAGGCGAGAGGUGAUGGACUUGCCAGCGGGGAGCGGAAACCAGGCUAACUACAAUGGAAGACGGGCCGACGGCGGCGGCGAGGCGGGCGGUAGCGGGCACCAUGCAAGCGUGCUGGCCAUGGACGACAUUGUCGACUCGGGCGGCGAGUCCCAGUCGCAGCCGUCUCCGGUCAAAGCGAUGGCAGGCCGAAGUCACGUUGCCCGCCCGCCGCUCGCCUCGCCCAUGAUCCUAGAGUCGGACACCGAGUCGGACUCGGACAUCCUCGAAGCCCGCCCGCCAGACGCCAAGCGGAGCCGGCCGCUGGCGCGAGUCCUCGCCUCGGACGACAUCGACGACGACAUCCUGUUCUCAUCCGACACCACUGCGGCCUGCAAAACCCACCGCAUGGUCGACGAAAUCCUGUCUUCGUCGCCGGACCCGGGCUUUGGAGGCCCGAACGGGAGCGGUGAGCUCGGCCUAGCGCUCGCCGCCGCCGCGGUCUCAGCCCUCGAUGCUGCACCGCGAGCGCCACUCUCGGCUGUCGACCGCCUCCGGUCGAUGCUCUCGCGGAAGCAGCCGACCCAGGAUCUGGGAGCCGCCCGCGAUCGCAACCGCGCCUCUCGUUUUGCGGUUGUCGUUGACGGCAUGGCCGCUGCCUUCCGCCGUGCUCGGCUACGACUCCGGGCGCAGGCUGAUCUCGCCAAGGCCACCGCGUCCCGCGGAUCGCUGGCGAGCACCACGUUCCGGGCCACGCUAGCAUCUCACCCGAUGGGGAUGUCUGACGCACAGGCGCCGUUUGACGUUGUCAUUGUGGCGUGCUCGGCCCAGUUUGGCGUCUUCCAGGCUCUUGCCCGCCGCGAGCUUGACGGUAGCCUCGUUGACGACACGCUUCUCCUUGUCUUCCCGCUUGCUCUUAAGCAAGACCUUGUCCUCUGUGCCGGGCGGGCCGUCACCAUUCUUCCGCCCUACGCGCCGGUGGCAGUUGCUCCGCCGCUUCCGGCCAUCAUCCUCUGCGCGGCAGCUGUCCUGCUCCGUCCGGAGCUUGCGCCGCUGGGGGAUUCCCCGCGCCGCAUGCCCGCGCUGGCACCACUUGCUGCAGAUCCCUGCGCGCCUCGCCACCCACUGCUGGGCGGCGGGCCGUCGUUGUCUCAGGCGGCGCUGUCGUCAAGCGGCGCGGCGCAUGCCGCACAUCCGUCCGGCACCGUCGCGUUUGGGGCGCUCGGUGCCUUUUCCAAGAACGUCACCGUGGCCGGCGUUGUCUGCCGGUGGUACCCACCAGGCGAACAUCCGUUCCGUCUCGGCGAGCUCCGGCUGGUCCAAGCGUACCGGAGCUUUGGUCUUGGCUUGAUUGUCGAGCCCGCGACUGGCGCGCUGGCGGCUGUCGGCCUCCCGCAGUCGCUCGCACUCGAGCUCGGGCUCGACACCAUCGAAGCUGGCAAUGCGGCAAGCUGGCGUGGCCUGCACCUCGCAGGCGUCUCGGUCCGCAGCAGAGCAGUAGUUUCGCGAGUCGGCGGCCUCGCCUCGGUGAUGACUAGCAUCUGCCCUACCAAGGGACCGGCCGCCAUCGCGGUGCUUCUGCCGUCUGUCCGCCCGGACUUGUUCGACGCCGUGCCUGCUGAGCUGCCGAGCGUGCAGCCUUUGAAAGCGGGAGCACGAAAGCGUGUGGCGCUGAGCGGCGGGCGCGCGAUGCUGGAGCGCCUGGUUGUCCGCGACGAGAGCCGAAUCCGCCCGUCGUGGUGCACGCGCUGCAGGCGGUGGGCGACGACGAGCUCGCCUCGCUCGCGCUGGACGACGUCGAGGUCGACGGCGACGACGUAGCUGUGGUGGACGCAUUUACGUCAUUGGUCCAGCUGUAAGUAACAAGACUACAAAACGAG